UCGGUCGAUAUGUCAGGCCUGGUGUUGUACAAGGUGGACGCGAGCCCGCCAGCAUGUGCGGUGCGGGCGCUCGGCGAUAUGCUCGGAUUGGCUUUCGAUUACGAAAAUCCCGACCUAUUGAACUUGGAACACAAAUCUGCUGAAUUUAUGAAGAUGAAUCCUAUGGGCACGAUACCUGUGUUGAAAGAUGACGACUUUGUUGUAUCAGAGAGUAACGCCAUAAUGAAGUACCUGCUCGAAAAAUACGGCGGGGAGCAUCGCGAGCGGCUUUAUCCGAGCGACCUGCGCACGCGCGCGAUCGUCGACCAGUGCAUGUUCUUCAACGCGGGCGUCUUCUUCAUCAGGCUGAAAGUUGUUGUUCUUCCAACAAUACUCGAAGGUCUCAAAGAACCCUCGCCGAGGCAGCUGCAAGACGUAGACACCGCGUUCGGCGUAGUGGAGGCGUACCUUGAGAACAACAAGUACAUCGCCUGCGAUCACCUGACGUUGGCAGACCUCGCGGUGGGAAGCACCGCCGCGACUAUACAGUGUUUCCGAAAACUAGAUGCAGAGAGAUUCCCGCGCACUGCAAAAUGGCUUGACUUGUUAUAUGAAGAGCCUGCGUUCAAGAAGUACAUUGAACCUGCCACCAAACAACUCAUCGAAAUAAUGCAGACCAUGCAAGAAAAAAAUAGGGCUUUAUAAAUAAAUGAUUCUUUAUAUUAAACGUGAAACAGUCAAUAUACAUUCUGUUUUUCU